AGCCAACGCAUAUCACGCAGCCACACAGCGGAGAGAGAAAAGAGAGGGGAGAGCUCGAGACGCUAAUUUAAUGGCGGCCACAUCAGCUCGAGCCUUCAUGCUCUUUCGUGUAACGGACGUGUCACGGAAGAAGCUAAUCCUUCACCAACCGCCACCGUCUUCUCCUCGCCGGUUACCGCGAGCUCCGAACCGUGCGGUGUCUUCUGCUGUAAUUAGCUGUCUCAGCGGAGGCGGAGUUUCCUCCGACGAUUCAUACGUAUCUACUCGUCGCUCGAAGCUGGACCGAGGUUUCGCUGUGAUCGCGAAUUUGGUGAAUCGGAUCCAGCCUCUUGAUACCUCCGUCAUCUCCAAAAGCUUAUCCGAUUCGGCCAAGGAUUCGAUGAAGCAGACGAUAUCGUCUAUGCUCGGACUCCUUCCUUCAGAUCAGUUCUCCGUCUCCGUCACCAUCUCCGAGCAGCCUUUGUAUCGCCUCCUUAUUUCUUCCAUCAUCACCGGGUAUACGUUGUGGAAUGCAGAGUAUCGUGUAUCACUGACGAGGAACUUCGAUAUACCGAUUGAUCCUAGAAAGGAGGAGGAUCAAUCUUCGGAAGAUAAUGUCAGAUUUGGAUCAGAGAAGGGAGUGAGUGAGGGUUUAGGGAAUUGUGUUGAGGAGUUAGAGAGUAUGAGUCCUCAGGUGUUCGGAGACUUAUCACCGGAAGCGUUGAGUUAUAUUCAGCAUUUGCAGUCUGAGUUAUCUAGCAUGAAAGAGGAGCUAGAUUCACAAAAGAAGAAAGCUUUACAGAUAGAAUGUGAGAAAGGAAACAAGAACGAUUUGUUGGAGUAUUUGCGUUCCCUAGAUCCUGAAAUGGUGACGGAGUUAUCUCAACUAUCUUCACCAGAAGUGGAAGAAAUCGUGAGCCAACUUGUCCAAAACGUUAUACAGAGGAUCUUCGAAGACCAGACUACUUCAGCGUUCAUGCAAGACUCUGUCAUAAGGGUUACAGAAGGUGGUGAUGGAACUGGGAGAAAAGUAGACGCUUCCAGGGAUUAUCUUGCAAAGCUCCUUUUCUGGUGCAUGCUAUUGGGACAUCAUUUAAGAGGUUUGGAGAAUAGAUUACAUCUCAGCUGUGUUGUUGGGUUACUGUAAAAUCAAAGAAUCAGAAAAGGAGACAAAACAAAAAUCACCAAUGUAUAUUCUUCUCCUCUUCCCUCCCAUUUUGAUUUCUUUAAUCUAAGUGUUAAGUUGUAAUCAGUCAA